GCAUCAUGCUUACGGUAGUUCACACUUGUCUCGCCACAAGCCCGCCCGCUUCUGUCGGCGACGCUUUUUGUUCUCCGCCGCGAACCACCGACUUCGAACCCACGCGCCGCUGUCAGAGACCCCCCCUUAGAAAUGUCAACUGCCGCUAUUCUUCCUCUUGCGCCAAUCACUAGUACCCACCUCCGUUCACAUGCACCGCAGAUCACCCGAUUCCUCCCCCACGCCUCCUCAUCCAUGAACCUCCUUCGACCACUCCUCCGCAACAGCCAUCUCCGUCGUCUCUCCGUCUCCGCCGCCGCAGUCCGUCAGGAUACCACCGUCUGGACUCCGGCCCCUCUCUCGACUGUCUCUCCCGCGGCCGAGUCGCUCUUCCACGUUACCAUCGACGUGUCCGACUCUCCUGACCUCGCGGUUUCCCAUACCAAGGCUGGGCAGUACCUCCAGCUCCGCGUCCCAGACGUCGAAAAGCCUUCAUUCCUUGCUAUUGCCUCCCCGCCGACCCUUUCUGCCGCGAAGGGCGUCUUUGAGUUUUUAGUGAAGACCGUCCCUGGCUCGACAGCGGAGCUUCUGUGUAAUCUCCAAAAAGGAGACGUGGUGGAGCUGAGUUCGGUGAUGGGGAAAGGUUUCGAGAUUGAUCUGAUUUCUCCGCCAGAGAAGUAUCAGACUGUUCUGAUUUUCGCCACCGGGUCUGGAAUAAGUCCUAUUCGGUCUCUGAUUGAGGGAGGAUUUGGUGCUGACCAAAGAUCUGAUGUGCGAUUAUAUUAUGGUGCCCGCAAUCUAGAGCGAAUGGCUUAUCAGGAUAGGUUUAAAAGUUGGGAGUCUAGUGGAGUUGAAGUUGUGCCAGUAUUAUCUCAACCAGAUGAUUUUUGGGAAGGAGAGCGUGGCUAUGUGCAGGCUGCAUUUGCCAAAGCCAAAAAGCUUUUUAGAGCACAGUCAACCGGUGCAGUCCUUUGUGGACAAAAACCAAUGGCUGAGGAGGUAACUUCUAUACUUAUAGCUGAUGGCGUCUCGGCUGAAAAGAUAUUGAAGAAUUUCUGACCUCAGAAUUUAGAACCAGAUUGUUGUAUUACUAUUGAGUUUUCAAUAGCAACAAAAAAUUAAUUUGACCUGGGCAGACAGCAUACUGCAACUUUUUUGCACAAAGUUUGGUUGCUGCAUUCACAUUUGAUCUCAAACCGACCACAAGGUAGUGAUAGAUGCUCGGAGUUUGUAGGUGCAGACUUUAUACUCUUCAUUUUUGCCGUCUGUCUAUUAUCAUAUGAACUGAGAUGGAGCACAACUUUGAUCCAAUAUAGAAAUAAUAAUAAUUAUAUUAUAUCGUAGAACUACAUUCUUUGUAUUGAAAAAAGAGUCAGAGUUUUGUAUGUACAUUUGAAAUAUUUGUAUCAGAAGUUUUGUGAUGGAUAUUCUUUGUCUUGAACAGAAGUUUGAAAUUGUAUGAGUGUUCAGGUACUUCAA